CCCGUCCCCCACCGAUUCUCCAAAACAAAAGCCCCGAAGAAACCCCACCAAACUCCUCCAUCCUCCGCUCCCAUUUCCUUCGUGCCGUCCGCCUCCGCCGUCUCGUCUGCCACCCCUCGCCACCCCCUCUCCUCCCCAAGGAGCGCAGCCGCGGAGCCCCUCGCCCCCGUCUCCCAUGGCGGCCUCUCUCCUCCACGCAGCCGCCUCCUCCCCGCUCGCGGGCCCCUACCCGGCCGCCCGCGCGGCCUUCCGCCCCCUCGCUUCCUCCCCAUUCCUGCGCCUCGCGCGCUCCUCUCCCGACCGCCGUGCCCGACUGGACUUCCCGCUCCGGGCGCUCUCGGGUGGCGCUCGCCUCUCCACCGGAGUGGCCGCCCUCCGUCCUCGCCGCUUCGUCGCCGCCCUCGCGGGGGAGGAACCGAUGAGUUCAGAAUUGGGUGAUGACAAGGAAAAGGAAACGGAAAAGAUCGAAAUAGAGCCUGAGGAGGCCCAGGAAGUGUGGAGGGAAAUGCUCAAGCAGUUCAAGGCCGAGGCCAUCCGAAUGCAGGCCCUGACAACGCAGGCAUACGAUGUCUACUCCAAGAGGGCGAGGGAGGUGCUGUUAGAGGCCUCAGAGAAGCUAAGGAUCCAGGCAGAUAAAGCACAAAAGGACCUGACCAUUAUCGCUGCAGAGGUUGGUGAGGAGGGGCAGGAAUAUCUACAGCUGGCAGCUAAGAACUCCCCAGAUUCAAUCAAGGAUAUCACCGAGACAAUCAAUGCAGUUGGCAACCUCAAUGGGCCAUCAGAGUAUAAGGAUUAUCAUGUCGGCAUUUCAUUUGGUACCUUUCUUACUGUAGGAGGUUUCCUGAACUUCAUGCUAACUGGAAGUACAUCUGCAAUUCGCUUUGGCUUUGUUCUUGGCUUUGCACUAUUGGCUCUGGGUAUCUCAAGUUUGAGAUCACAAAGAGCAGGCGGUCGUCAGCCUCGUCUUCUGCUGAAAGGGCAAGCUGCUAUUGCAAGCGUUAUCUUCUUCAAGGACUUGUCAGUUUUCUUCAGGUAUGGGUGGUUUCCAAAUGUUUUCGCGGUCCUUCUCAGUGGAAUGGUGGCGACCUUUUACAUUCAUCGCAUUGUGACUGGUGGCCACAAAGGUCGCGCGGAGAGCAGUUCAGAUAACUAAUGGUUAUACAACACACUUGGAUGAAUCAUAUUGUCCGCGGAAACUUGGGUUCUGAAGAUUGAUGGCGACCCUUCGCCUUAAGGUUUCCUUCUUUCAUCAGCCUUCAACUCAGGCACACUCUGUGGUGUCUCUGAACUCUUAAGUGGUUCUAUACAGUGAUACCUGGACUCACAAGACUUGCCUCGCAUACUCGCCCCUCACCUUUGUUCCUUUCCUCGUGUAAUAUAGAUGCUGCCCCAUAAGCAGAAUAAGGAAUGGCCCUUGAAGGUCUCUAGUAUGUAUCAAUCUGUUCAUCAUUUAUGUUGUUUAUUUAUGCAACGUAGUUGUAACACAUUGAAUAUCCAGUGAAAUCCCAAAAAUCGGUCUGUCUCACUCA